AUGCCGAUUAUGAACAAUACAGGAGAGUGGUUUAAAGUGCGGCCGGACUACUACAGAAAAGUUGAGCUUGCAACACCUGAUUGGCCGAUCGAUUUUGAUUUGGAAUACAUGCAAGUUGCAGUAGCCCCCUACGGAGGUCCUUUGGCUGCAAUACGAGAUGCAACGAAAUUGGUGCCCGUCAGAGGCGCAGCGAGACCGAUGAUUCGGAUUUUUGAUACCAGCGGCAAUGAGACUGGACAUAUUUUGUGGAACCAUGGCAAGUUGAUUUCGAUGGGCUGGUCCGACACUGAGGAGCUCAUCUGUGUGCUGGAGAACGCCAAAGUGUUUGUCUAUGAUCUGUUUGGAAAUGAGAAGGAAUCGUAUAGCAUUGGCGGCGAAGCGAGCGUCAUUAAGAUCGUGGAGGCCAAAGUGUUUCAAUCCGCAGCUGGCACUGGUGUUGCCGUUAUGACAACUUCCGGACGCAUAUUUCUAAAGCAGAACAGCAACAAAACUGAGCGAAAGUUACCUGAUAUACCAAAUUCAAAUGCGAAUUGUUCGUGCUGGGAAAUUGUAACCGAGGGUCGCAAUAGCUACUGUCUGCUAGGACGUGAACGAGAAGUCAUCAAGCUGCAGCACGGCCAAUCUGUGGGCACCGUGACGGCAAAUCUUUUUGAGAAACCUCAUGAUCGGAUUAUCAAGAUUUCUGUUUCGUACAACCAUCAGCACUUGGCGCUAUACACCAACACCGGUUUGCUCUGGCUGGGCAGCGUCGACAUGCGGCAGAAGUACUGCGAGUUCGACACUGGCCGGAAGGAUAUUCCAUUGCAAAUUGAAUGGAUCAUGAAUACCCAUAAUAGCGACGCAGAUGCUGUUGUCAUUUCCUAUCCCUCAUAUCUCCUGAUUGUUAACCGCAAUGCAGACAGGAGCGAAAUUCCCAGUGAUCCGGUCAUGUUUCUGGUCGCUGAAAUGGAUGGUGUUCGCAUUAUUAGCCAAACCUCACAUGAAAUGAUUCAGCGUCUGCCGAAGUGUGUACAGAACAUAUUUGCCGUAAAUAGCCAGGCGCCAGCGAGCUACCUAUUCGAGGCACAAAAGAAGUUCGAGGAGAAAUCCUACAAGUCCGAUGAAUAUCUAAGCAUGUGCCGGUCAAACAUUGAAUUGGCUGUUAAUGAGUGCAUCGAGGCUGCAGCAUAUGAAUUCUGCCCCGAAACCCAGAAGAGUCUAAUGCGAACAGCUUAUUUUGGCAAGGGCUUUAUACCAUCACAUAAUCCCGAAGAGUAUAUGCGCAUCUUGAGGAUAUUGAGAGUCUUAAAUACUUUGCGCCAUGAGAAAAUUGCCAUGCCGCUGACCUAUAAGCAAUUCUCUCAUCUUAAUCCAGAGGUGAUUUUGAGUCGUCUAGUCUUUCGCAAGCAUUAUGCCGUGGCCAUACAGGUGGCCAAGCAUCUAAAAUUACCCGAAUCUUGGAUCUUGGAGCAUUGGGCUUACCAUAAGGUCAUGAAUGAUCAGAAUGAUAAUGAGGUGGCUCGCAAGAUAACGGAGAAAUUCAAGAAUCCCUCAAUCGAGGGCAUUUCCUAUUGCAAUAUAGCAGAAAAGGCCUAUCAAAAUGGACGCAGUGAAUUGGCCAUUAAGCUGUUGGAGCUCGAGCCGCGUGCCUCGUUACAUGUGCCAUUGCUUUUGAAAAUGGGCAAAUUCGAUCGGGCAGUGGCGAGUGCCACACAAUCUGGCGAUACGGAACUGGUUACGGAAGUUCUGCUCGAAAUAAAAAAGAAAAUGAUGCUCUCUAAUUUCCAUAUGAUCAUAAGAGAAUAUCCUUUGGCACUGAAUAUGUACAAGAAGAUUAUGAUGGAGUCCAGUCGAACAGCACUUUUUGAUAUUUACAACACCGAAGAUGAUCACAAGUCUAUUGCUGAGUAUCAUUUUUAUAAUGCACUCGAAAGCGAGGGUCUUGAAUCGAAUCUGUCCAAUAUUGGCAAUAGCUACGCACAGGGCAGAUGCACUGUUGAGGCUGAACUAUGCGCGGAUACGGCGCGCAUGCUUAAGCUGCAGAAGACUCUCUCGACCAAGCACAUUGGCACCACUGAAUUCAACGGUCUAUCCAUACAUGACACUAUGUACGAGCUGUUGAAAAUAGGCGAGCUGAAGGAGGCGGAGAAGAUCAAAAGCGAUUAUAAGGUCCCUGAUCGCAGGUUUUGGUGGUUGAGAAUACUUACCUUGGCUGAGAAACACAACUGGGCAGAGCUGGAGAAGUUUUCGAAGAGCAAGAAAAGCCCAAUUGGGUAUGAACCCUUCGUGGAGGUCUGCUUGCAGCAGGAAAAUGUACGAGAAGCACAAACAUAUAUUCAACGUUGUCCGGACAAGCGCAAGGUGUACUGGUAUACGCGAGCUGGCUUGUACGAGGAGUCCAUCGAUUGCGCCUUUGAGCAACGGGAUUUGCACAGCCUCUAUGAGCUCCAGUCAAAGAUGCAAGUGAUCCGCGAUCCCGUACUCCUCGAGAAAAUUGGCCACUACAUUGGCAUGCUUGAAGCAAGACGUUAACCUAACAUUCCACCAAUGUAAUAUGUAUAUGUAGGU